UCUGACAGCUGAUCGAACUAAUAUAGAUAUGGUGCCAACACGUAAAUCCGAAAAGCACCCAAAAUGUGAGCGUUAUCUGGGGGCCGAAUGAAGCGUCGCAAAUCGGAUGGAUCGAAAUUUGUCCUACGAUAAGUACGAUGUCAUAAUCAUCGGGGCAGGAUUAUCCGGGCUUUCGACGGCGCUCGCCAUCCUCGACAGGGAUUCGGAUAUCAAUCUGCUGAUUGUGGAAGCCACAAGUAACGUCGGCGGUACGAGGUUCUGCGAGGAGAAUCCAGAGCCCGCUUUUCUCUCCAGCCAGAGCACGUUCCUCCUCGAUCUAGUGGCGAGAUGUCACCUGCAUACUAAGCGGAAUGGAAACACUGGUGCAGAUGUGUGCGAUUACCGCGGAAAUGUCAGUCGGAGCGGCGGUCGUUUACCAUUCUUCGGAAGACCGUGGCAAUCCCCGAAUUGGAAUCUGUUCAUGGCCAACAUGGAAGCACUGAUCGAACUUCAUCCAUUUGGCGCAAAGUAUGAUGAAAAACUGGAUGCAGCCUCCAUGGAGGAUUUCAUUUCCUCUCGUAUCAAAUCCAAUAUUUUAAAGAAAUUCUUCAAAAGCUUAGUGGAGCAUUCUUGCGGUGCUACAUGCAAGGAAAUAUCCGUCCUGUUCUUCUUGGCGUUCUGCAGCAGUACUUGCGGCAUGGUCAACCUCUUCAGCGGCUCCGACACUUCCCUGACUUCAAAUUAUAUAGAAGUAUAG